AUGAAAUAGAAUUAGCUAAAAAAUUUAACUUAGGGAUUAAAAUUAUUUUAUAUAAAUGAUCUUUAUGAAGUGGUUAAACAUAGCAAAAGAAAUAUUCAUUUUUCAUUGUUUUGCUUUUUCAUUUAGUAACUAAUAGAAAUUUAAAUAUAGAUAGAUGAUGCAACAUAUAGCAAAUUAUCCACAAAUGAUAAAAUAUUAUCUAAAUGGGUGAGUUAUUUUUUUUUCUUAAAAGAGUUAGAGUAUUCCAAUGAUUCAUAAAAUUAUUUAAAGUGCUUCAUUUAUGCUUUCUUAGCCCUUAACUAUUGUAUUUUGAUUUAUUUAUUCAUCUACGCUAUAUUAAGAAGUAGAAUUAAAAAGGCUUCUUUUUUGCAGUUUUCUCAGCUGUUUCAGUGCUAUGAGUAUUUGAUAGCUAUCCCUUCUCUUUAUUUUUCUAUAGCUACAUAUUAGUACUAUUUGUCGUUAAUUAACCUUUUUACAACCCUUUUUUUAGCAUCAUUAUUCAUAUCUGUGGAUUAUGAUUACACUUUUUAAAAUGAAGAUGUUCUCUAAAAAAGCGACUCAGUUUUAAAUUUAUUAUCUUUCUAUUUAGACCUGAUUUUAUGCAUAACAAGUUGCUUUUUUGACAUCUAUUCUAUAACGACUGUUUCCUUUAUAAUAAACAUUAUGAAACUCAUCAUUAUUUUAAGGACUCACGCAUAUUUUAAUAAAAAUAUAUGUAGAUGGUAAAUAAUUCUUACAUUUUUCAGGUUAAAUCUAUCAUUAAGCAUGAUUGUCUAUAGUCAGAACUAGUAGAAUUUAGAUCUUAUUUUCUUUUUAGCUAUAAUUAUGUUUCCAUUUUGCUACAAGCUUGGAAAUGUUGUUGUUUUAGAGUGGUACACUUUUAUAAAUUUAGAUUACACUGAUUAAAAAAAUGAGUCUAUUUAUUACUAGGUUUUUUAAUGUUUAUUAGGCUAAAGCUCUAAAAAGAAAGACCUGUUUUGUAGAUAAUUAAUGGAUUCAACAAGAUAAAAAGUAAAAUUAUCUACUGAUUUUAAGAAUCCUUUGAUAAUAUUUGCUUAAGAACUCCCAUUUUAAGGAACUGCUCAAAAUUAAGAAAAAACAACUUAAGUAGAAUAGAUGAAAGUGAUUAAGCAAAAAGACUUAGAUAAAUAAGAGGCUUAAUUAGAUGAAUAAUUCAAACAGGAUGACGCAAGCUAUUUUAAAUCUAUUAAGGCAAUAUUAUAAAUUUAUUAAGAAGCCAUAAGAGACAAAUAAGAUAAAUAGGUUCUUGACGAAAUAGAUUUUUCUUAUUUGACUUUUCUAGCAUCUGUAAAUAGAAAUUAAUGCGCAGCAUAUCUUUCAAUUCUUAAUACAAAAACAAAUAGAAAACUUGCUUCAGGAAUCAAAGAUUAAUAAAAGCUACAAAAUAUAAUGAAAAUGACUGAAAUUGAAUGCCUCAGUUAUAAUAUAAGAUGUAAAAACAAGAAAGAGGAUUUCUAAUUGUAUAAAAUAUUAUAAUUUGAAGAAGACUUAAAAAAUAUAUAACUUUUCUAUUGCGAAUGUUUGAAUUUAUACAGAAUUAUAAUCGAAAAGCUACUACUAAAUUUUAUAGAAAUAAAUGAAAUGCUAGUACUGUUAAAAAAAUUUACAGAAAAAAGAAGUAUGUUAGAAAGAAAUAUUAUUUAGUAGUUAAAAUACAAUCACAGUAGCAAAAAUUUAAGAAAUAUUUGUAUUAAUUUUGAUUAUUACAUGCUUCACAAGUCGAACUUGUUAAAAUAUUAUGAAAGACUGAAUAGCUAAUCAAAUUAAAAGUAAAAAAAUAAAGAAUACUAUGAUGAAUCAAGCUGCUUUUUAUUUGUUUCUCUGUUAGAUAAAUCUUUAGGAAUUAUUAAAAAAGUUAAUAAUUCUUUUAUUAAAACACUUGGUAUCUCUGAUAAGUAACAAAUAUAAGAAAAAUCUAUAUUUGAGCUCUAAAUUUUACCUCAAAGAAAUUAUUAAUAGGAAUAUAUAUAAUAAAAUUCAUUUUUAGAAGAAGUAAUUCCACCAAUUUACAAUGAUAUUUAAAACUUGCCUCUUUUUUUAGCUAAACACUAGGCUGGGUAUUGUGUGCCAUUUUAACUAAAAGUUCAAACAUAAGUUUUAGAUUAUGAUGAUUUUGGUUUGGCUAUUUGGGCAAAACCUAUUAAAGGUUAAUCUAUCUAUUUAUUAUUAGAUGAUGAAAAUCCAAAUAAUAUUAAACUUGCAAAUAAAUUAUUUUAUAAAUAAUUUAAAACCAUAGAUACCUCGUAAUUGAAAACAAUCAAAAUAGAUAGUUUAAUUCCCAUAAUUCAUUAUUUGAUCUAGCUUUCUAAAAACCAAAAAAAUACAAUAAAAUUCUAAACUGUACUCAUUCAACCAAAUCAAGAUUUCUUAUUAGGAAAAUCUAUUUUCAGUGAUGCAAAUUUCUUAAAUUAUUUAAAGUAUGCUGAUAUAUUUAGUAUAACUGUAUCUUUUUAUUUCCUAAAAAAAUUUAGCUCAUUUGAAUCAAGUAUUUACUUAAUAAUUGAAGACAUAUAACCUCAAAAUAAUUUAAAGGAUAAAAGUAAUUUAUUGUAAUUCUACUAAUAAUAAAUCAAAGAAAUCUGCAAAGUAGAUUUAAAUUUAGACUUAGACUUAGAAAUUCAAGAUAACUUAACAUCAAUGUGUGUAAAUUAAUAAGAAAAUGAUGAAUCAAUAUAAUAUAGAAGUUCAAUUUAAUUUGUAAAGAAUUUUAGUAUCUAAAAUGAGCAGUCAACAUUAACUUAAAUUCUCAAUAGCGCAACAACAAACUAAAAUUCUAUGUAUAAAUCGAAUGGAUAAGCUCUCAAGAAUAACAACAGCGAAUUAAAAAAAGUAAAAAAAAAUAAUGUAACAACAUUCACAAGUAACUCUCCAAGAUAAAAUUAUGAAUAUAUGCUUGCUAGUCCAGUAGCAAGUUAAUUGCAAUAAAUAAAUCUUUAAUUAGAAGAAUCGACGGAAUUAAAUUCAAAAUUAUUCUAAAACUUUGCAUAAAUUAGCUAAAAUCAAGAAUUCUAUGCUUUUAGAAAGAUUUAAACUUAGAAAUCGCCUGAGAAAUAGUCAAUUUUAAAUUAGAAUGACAAAUUUAAUUUUAGCUAAUUUGAAGAAGUAAAUCUUGAAUAUGUUCAGACAAGCAGGCAUGCUGUACAAGAAGAUUUAAAUUCUUAAAUUUAAAAAUAAAUAACUGAUAUUCCUCCACUAUCUAGUAAGCGUGUCUUGAUUUAAACGGUAGCAUCGCCAUAAAAUAAAUUAAAGAAAAAAUCAUAAAUGCAAAAGAUUAAUGAAAAGAAAGUUAAAGACUAAAAAUAUUCAAAUUAAAGUUUUUAGGAAUAAGAGGCAAGCAAAUUAUAAUAAUAGAAUAUUGAUAUUUAAUCUAUUUCUUCUUCCUCAAAGAGUGUUUAAACACGACAUGUUUUUGAAAAUAUACACAAAAAAAGUCAGAUGAGAUAUCUUAAAAUAAUAAAUGCUUUCGGAAUAUUAUCAGUCUUAGCUAUUCUAUCUUUAACAUUGUUAGCAUUUUUUAACUUUCUUACAAGCUUAGUUUCUUAAAGAGAAAACUUCAAAUACAUUAACUGGAUUUAUAUGAUUAACGUAUAAAUUAGUUAUUCCCUAUCAGAGCGUAAUAUUAUUCUGCUAAACAAAUACAACGUUUUAUCUACACCAGCUGCUCAAUACCAACCUUUCAUGGAUCUAUUAAAUGAAUAAAAUUAAUCUAGGAUAUCGCUGAGUAAACAACAUAUGAAUUUACUUUAUAAUAAUACUAACAAAGAUAUAGAAGUUUUUAAUAUUAUUUAAAAUAAUUACAUCAUUUAAAAUAUAUUUCAAAGCAAUACUAUAUCCUAAUAGUAAAAUCUUUCAAUGAUAUAUUCAAUACUCUUAUAGAUUUUUGGGAUAUUUUAUUUCGUUUCUAACAAAGAUCCUUUAGGAAUAAUAAAAAAAUAAAAUGAGAUGAACUAUCCAGCUUUAAAUGAACAAGUUCAAUCUGUUUUUUCUCAGAUGAAUGAUGACUAUUAAAAUUAACUUUCAUCCAUUAAAAACCAAAGUCUUAUUUAAUUAUAUGUUAUUACUUUUAUCAUGCUUCUUUUUUUGAUUAGCGUCAUACCAAGUUAUAUCUUCUCUAAAAAAAAAUAGUAAUAAAUUUUAGAACUCUUUGCAACUUUUGAUAAGUUAUAGUUGAAAAAUAUUCUUGAUCAGAUAGCUAAUUAACUAUAAUUUUACUAAAUAGAUCAAAAAAAAAAUUUUAUUAAAUACGAAAAUAAAAUUUCUAAUGGUUAAUUUAAAAAUCAUCUUGCGAAAUCUGAAAAAAAAUUAAAUAUUAGUCAAACUUCUUCUUUAAAUUACUCAUUAAAGAACUUAAUAGUGGCAUUAAUUCUAAUAUUUUGCUUAACAACAAUUUAUCCAAUAAUAAAUUAUUUUAUUGUGAAAUAAUUUAUUGAUAAUUCUAUGGUUAUUUACAAUUUUAACAAUGUUGUCUGUGUUUCUUAUUUUGCAGUUUUAAACUCAUUAAGAGCUAGAUAAGGCCUUGCUAUGGCAUUUUUAAUACCUUAAUACUAAGCUCUGUCUAUUUAAACUUAUCAAGGAAUUCUAAAUUAACUUUCCGUUUAGAUAGAUGAAUUACCUAACUUACUAAAAGAAAACCUUGAAAAAAUAGGUUCAACAAGUUUACACAAUUAAGAAAUAUUUGAUAACUUUUUGAUUAAUGUAUUUACUGAUAAUGCUUGCGAUACAAUUAAAAAAUACACUUAAUAUCAGAACGGAGAUUUUUUGUAUGAUUAAUGCAAUACUGUUGGUAAGAGCUCUCUUAAAUCAGGUCUUCUUAAUGGAAUUAUAUUCUUCUUUAGUAUUUUUAAAGACUAUUAUUCUUUUGCUUUUAGUCCAAAUGCAACCGUUUUUUAAAAAUAUUUUAAUAACUAUAACAAGAAUAUUCUUGCAAUAAAAUAAUUUUAGUUUAAAAUAGAAUUAUCCAAAGAGUUUGAGUACCUUUUAAACUUCUUUUAAGAAUAAAAUUUAUAGCUUUAUAAUUUUUAUGAGAAUCUUAGUAUCGUUCUAGUAAUUAUUUAAGUGUGCCUUGUAGUAAUAAUAUUUAUAGUAAGCUGGUCUUACUACUUUAAAAGUAUAAAUAAUUAAAUUUACUCAACGAAAUAGCUAUUGAAUAUAUUUCCAUAGCAAUAUUUAAUUUAAAAUACAUAUGUUAUGUCAUAUUUAAAUUUGCGUGAUUGA